CCAAAACCUCCUCGUAGGAGUGUUAACAGUAAAGAAUAUAAAGGCCAAUGCUGUUUUCGAAAGCAUAUUUAGUCAAAAGAGCUGGAUUCAUUUUCCGGACUGUCACAGAAAAAAAUAAUUAGGUCCGUCCAGUAUAUGUCAAAGUUUUGGUGAGAGACAGAUUAUGGGUUCAUGAGUAAAAAUUGAUUUAAAAUGUGCUUAAUUUGACAUCACAGUGUGGACACUAAGCAAAGUUUCACCCUACGGUAAAAAAAGGAAAAGAAAAAAUUGAGGAUGGAUCAGGCGGAUUACCACUAUAAGCACCCAGAGGCUUAGUACCACUAUUAUCCUCCUGUGCUGGGAUUUUCUCUCUGAAUUAUGUAACAGUGAUGCUUCAACAUAAAUCACUACACGGCUGUUUUGUCUCGUGGAUUUUCCCUUCUGCUGAUCCCUCUCCUCUGUUCAGAACUUUAGACGACCUGCUGGAGUCCAAACACACCUGUCUACAGGAGAGGAGCUACAGACGGUAACAGACCUACGGAUAAACAGGUGUUGAUUCGAGACUGGAGAACUGAUGAGCCGUAACAUGAAAUAUAAGAAGUUCAUCACCAUCAUGCAGGCGGCUCUUGGGGUCGCUCCCCUCAACAAGAGAGAGCUGAUUCCACCGCCACGCAGACUCUGGAAACCUGCGAGGUGAGCCCUUCUGUGUGACAGUGUGUUUGUGCAUGAGUGGAGCGUACAUAAAUUUCCCCUGAGUAUGUGUGUGUGUGUAUGUAUUGGAAACAAGUCAGAGUCAGGUGGUCAAGAAAUCGAUGUAAACUCAAAGAGAAUCUAUUUAUGUUAAUCUUCUGCCUGCAAACAGCUCCACCACAUUAAGAUUUCUGCUCAUGCAAGCUUCAUGCAUGUGUACUCUCAGAGCUGUAUGAUGUUUGCUUUUUAUGCAUUUGGAAAGAGAGCGCAAACUGGUUAUGCAACAUCUAAAGUUUUCAUAAUUUAUGCAGAAAAAAGAAGAACGCCCAUGGUGUAAAACAAAAUUAUAUAUUCAGCUAAGUUAAUACCAUCCUUUUCCGUUUAUGACAUUAAAGUAGGAAACAAUUGCCACUUUAAAAGCAUUACACUUUGUCAUGAAUCAAAAUCUUAAGAACACAUAACCAUAGACAACACCCAGGCCAACACAAAAACUGACCGAAUCACAUCUCUGUUAACAGUUUCUGCAUGUGAAUCAUUGGAGUCUGAAUUUUGGAAUCGAAGGUGUUCCUGUUUCUGUUUGUAGUCUGAGUGCUUUUGACCAAUCAGGUAUCAGCAGGCUUUGGCGUCUGCAGAAGAAACAGUCUGAACAAAAACAGGCAGAACAGUCCAUUGUAAUGACACCCCAGCUCCCAUCAGCAGUAAUCUAACCUCUAUAAACAGAUAUCUUUAUGCAAGGUCACCUCUCUAAAUCAAAUAUUUACACUUUACAUCUCACUAAAGACAAUCAGUGUCAAGAUUUCCUGACUUCCUAGAAUACAUCAGAAAAAAAACAGAUCUAACCUAGCCCGGGGUCAGAGGAGAAAUGGUCUGGAUCCUUUCAGAUCAUUUCUUUUUUUCCAAGUGGCACUAGCAGCAGCUGCAUGAGGGAGUGUUAUCACAAAUGAUUGGACAGACUUGAUUCAACAGGCCUCCCAGUGGCAGAAGUGUCCAUCUUGGUAACCUCCAUUUAACCAAAAAAGAUGAAGAAACAGAUAUGGAAGUGGUUUUCUUCUCUCUUUCACCUCCUUGGUAGGAAAGACCUGUCAAAGCACGACUUUUUACCAUUUUCCAAUCUGCAUCUUGAGCUUGUCAACUCAGCAAACGGAGGACCUGAUGAGGUUCACAAUGAGCCCAAACACUAUUUGUGAAAAAGCAGUGGGAUGUGGGUGUGAAGGGAUAAUUUGAGAGCUUUUGCUGUAACUACUUGAAAUUCAGAUUAGGCAGUCCAUUUGAUAUUUUCUUUUUCCUGUACUGGUUCUAGUUCACAGCUAGACUUGCAAAUUCAGAUGCAGGAUUUGAGGUGGAUUGUGAGACAACAUCUGUGUCCAGAGUGUAAGCAGCACUUGUAUCCAUCCAGAUAUCUGUUUACCGAGAUUAAGAUUAACUGUUUGACUGGCCGUGUCUGGGAUUGGAUUAUAAAAUGCAUUCCAUAUCCUCUGAUUUCCCUUUUCCUGUAAAGAACAAAGGGCCAUUGGAUCACCAGAGGUUUGUACUACUCAAUACUAGAAACAAAAAACAGAGCACUGCAGACAUCAAAAAUCUGGACCUCCUUCAACAGAUCCACUUUUUAAUGGAGAACAAAAGAUCACAGUGACUUUGACCUUUGAACAACAAAAAAAUAUUGAGUUAAUCCAAAAGUGGUAGUAGAUUUUUUUUGCCUGAACCAUGGAAAUUCUUUCCAGAUGUCUCUGAGAUAUGAAGUUCAUCUAUAUGUGUGAUGGAUAAUGGUCCAAAGAAAGCUUCUGUUGGUCAGUAUGAUCCUACAGUUGUGUACAGAUUGGACCUUUGGGGUGGGUUUGCAGCGAUGUGAUCCUGGUGUAGGAGCCAUAAUGUUGCUUUGCUUAUCGGUUAUCCUGUGUUCAAUUACUUUUGUCUGGUUGGUAUUGGUUUUGCUGGCCUGGGUCAUGUGGGCACUGUGUUUGAAAGCUGGUAGAAUAUAAAAGGCGACUUUCCUGCACUGAGUUGGAGAGGUGAGCCUAGGUAGUCGUAAUUUUUGUUGACCACGCUUUAUGUUCUUUGUUUCGCAAUGAUACACGUCGCAAAAUGUACACAUAUUCCAUCUGAUGUGUGCGUGUAAUCAUUGGCGAUUGACGAAGUGCUUUUCUUUUAUUAAAGCUCUGAAAACUUAGAUAAAUUCUGGGUGCUUUUUUGGAACAGCAUCAGCGUGUCACGCGAAUAUACAGGACCUAUGCUCUGCCUCAAGCGAGUUUUUUUAAGGUACAAGGAAAGUCACUAUACCUGGUAUUGGCUAGGUACUGAACCCAAAAAGCUAUAUUCGAUAUCAGUGAUAAAAAAACGAUUUGUUGGACCAAUCCUUUGGGAAGAUCUUUUUGACUAAGUUCUAUGCUUCACUUUGUUGACAACAGCCAUGUGCAGACCCAUGGGGCUAAUGCAUUACAUCAUCACCCCCAGUGGUCUGUGCAUUUUGCUAGAUGAAGAGCUAAUGUAGCAUGGAGGGAGUUACCCAGAGAAAAAAUAAAGCUGAAACUAAGCUGUCAACGUUGUUAGCUGCAACUGGCUGCAUAGAUGCAAGACACUACCCAGUGAUGGUUCAAAUGUCUCAAAGCCCAGGUACCAGUAUCAGUAUCAGUAUUGGGACUUAAAAUGCUGGAUCGUUGCAUCCCUCCUUUGGGGUAAAGAAAAAAAAAACUCUUUUAUUUAUCUGCUCGAUCUUUGUCUGAAUUUUGUCGAGUCAAAUUCUUGAUGGUCAAAUCUGUUUUUUUAAAAUGUUGCCAUGAGCUUGACCUAUGAACUAUACCCAUCAAAAUCUGACCAGUUCAUCCCCUGGGUCUUAGUGGACCUUUUCUGGUAUAUUAAAUAAAGUACUACACACUCCGUCAUCCACAUGAAGUACAGAAUUCCUGAUAAAUUUAGUCAUCUUUGCUCUCAUGUAUUUGUAUUUGUUCUUGUCUUUUGUAAUGUGCGUUACUGUUCUACUUUGACAGAAGAAAAUCUCAUCAUUUACACAUGUUUCUGUUUAUUUUGUGCUCACCAGCUAUUUUUACACAUCUGCACACCCACCAGUUAUUAUAAGCCAAACACCCAGGCUCCUUUUUUUUGCAGAACUGCUGAAAGGCUUUGUUUGAAAUGUCAAUCACAAUGUAUGCAUCACAAAAACCAGCUCCCUCAGUGUGUUUUACAGCAGAGAGGGAGCUCUACUGUUUCAUCUAACCCGAGGGGAGGAAUUGAGUUUGCACAAACAUCUCUGUAAUUUUUGCAUGAGUGCUGUGCCUCAUAAGAAUUCUCUAAUUUGCAGAGUACAUCGUAAUACUGAUUCAGAGGAAGAAUGUCUGGAAAGAGACCUUACUCUAAUGUGGACUCCAACCAGGACUCGCCUCCUCAGUCAGACAGAGUGGCAAAACAUGGCCGCUUUCAGUAGGAGAAACAAAAGAGUAACAUAUUUACCUCAUGAGCAUCGACAUACAGGCAGAAAACUGUUUCCCUGAUAUCUUGAUGGACCUAACUCAUAAGCACAGUCUCCAGAUUCUCCAGGCACGUGACCCGGACGAGGGUGGGAGCCGCGUGUGUGAUGAAUACGAGGCGACAGAAGGAGAGUGAAGACCCUGGGCACUUAAGAUGACCUGUGGAGAAGACAGGCAGAGAAGGGAUGCUGUAAAGAGUCAGAAGACACGGGGCAGGAGCUAGAGGCCAUGUGUUUGAUCUUCUGAGCUGAUCAUGUCAGAAAGAAGGAGCAGAUAUCCAGAUCAAACAUUCAGCUCAGGAAAAUCCUGCUGGAAGGAAAGUAAUACGGAUCUGCAGAGCCUGAAAAAGGACACAAAAGGGUGAUAUACCAGCUUUAUUCCAAGCCCGAGAUAAGGGCGCAGGAGGAGAGCCUUUGUCCAAAUCCCAAUGACCCUUGAUGCUUUCCAAGUUUGGAAGACCAAGCAGAGCAAAUUCAAAGACAGUCCGAAGAGGACCUGAGGGAAAUCAGUCCAACAGUCAAAUGGCCCUGCACGGAAAUGUCAAUGAGAGGGCAGAGAGACAUUUCUGAAGGUUACUGAGGCUGGCGUAGAGGUUUGAUUGGUUGAUUUAUCAACUGAGAAAUAAUAUGUAGUGAACAGGAGAUUACACAAAUCAGAAUCUAGACAGGGUGAGUGACGUUCUAACUGAAAGCAGAGCUGUCUAGUUAAAGGAGCUUUAAAUCACAUCAGCACCAGUUCACAUACAACAAAGUUAAAAAAUUGCAAAAAAAACCCAAAAAACUGCAAAAGUAUGUUAUAAAAAGCAUAAUAUUUAUUAAAUAGAAAAAAAAUCAAUAAAAAGAAAGAUAAUUUAUGGAACAAAAAAUUAUAAUUUUUUUUUAAAUCAGGAAAAAAAAUCCAGACUACAAAAAUAUUUCUGCAUUUCAUAAAUUUUCUACUUUGAGUGAAAUAUAUUUGUGUUUGGCAGGAUUGUUUUGUAUUUUGUGGUGUAAUUAUGUUUCCUUAGAUAUUUUUUGUGUAUGUGAACUUUUUCGCAUCUUUUUUUUCUGAAACUUUUUUAUGCUUUUUCAUUUUUUUGUGUGUUAAUUUAUGAUCAUUUCUUUAUCAUUUCCUUGAAGUAAUAAUCAUCGUAUUAAUCAUUUUUCCCGCUAGUUCUUCUGCCUUAGCAUCUCAGUCUGAUUGCAUUUCCAUGAAGAAAUGAUCAUAAAUGUUCUUCCUUGAGCUGCGGCACCCCGCUGCAGUCGAUGGACUCGCCCUGAGGUCUCUGUACAAACAAGUGGCUGCUGGAAGAGAGUGGGUGAGUUGUGUUUAGUCGCUUUGCUAAAGAAAUCAGGCAAAGCUAAAAAGAUGUUUGGUGGCUAGUGCUCUGGCUGGGACCCUGUAUGUACUGUUGGUGAAGUUAGGUGCUGUUCUGAGCAUGUGGCUAUAGAGUGGCGUUUUGGUUGAGCGUGUGGCUCUCUGUAUUGUUAUUGUGUGAUCAUUACUAAAGUUAGUAUAACUAGAGAAGCAAGCGGUCGGCAACAUUCAUCUUUCGACGGGAUGUCUAACUUGGUGUUACAGUGUUUUUGACCCUAACUUAAUUUUACGCCGGAAUAUCCCUUUAAGUUUAACACGGUUUCUGCAUUUUGAAUUGUUUGAACAUUUGACCUUCAGGGCCACCAUAGUCCUUCCCUGCAGUUCCCUCUUCCUCAUUCAGACUACUAUCAUAAAGUACAGCAUAACAGAAAGAUGGCGAUGGACUAUAACAGCCCCCUUCCCCCAAUGAGAGAGAGACGACUGAUCAAUAACUCAGUCCUGAAGAGAUGAAUCUCAAUGAGUCUCAGAUACUCCUCAUACAUUAUAGAAAUUGGCAAGCAGCAGAUUACUCAUACUGUGUGUUUAGUUCAUUUCCAUACACACACUCAAUCUACAGCUAUCACGUCUUUGUGCGGGAGCUCAGGGGGCUCAAUGUCUUCAUCUGAGGAAAGAGAGAAAAGGUUUUCCUCUCUGGGGCAGAGGAGUGGAGAGGAAGCUUUAAGAGAAACUCAAACUAUCCUGGGAUGAGCUGUAACACCCUCUGUGACUGAGGGAGAGAGCACAAGUACUCUAUCAGUCAUAAAAUGUUCACCUUACCUGCCCCGUUCUCCUCAAAAUACACCUCAAGCAAGAGGGCAAGGAUGGUGUAAUGAAGCUGCUUUAUCCUCCUCUCUCUCUUAUCUAAUGUUAGUAUUUUGAAAGUGUGUAAAUGGUUGUAAAUAUAAAACACCUCUCUCCAAAGCCGCCCCCAGAGUUUUAUCUGAAUGUGGAAAUUUUUGCUCCAUGUCCAGAUCUACAAAAGUUCAUCUCAGGGUCAAACUCUAAUCCUGACAGCAUGUCAACCAUUAUGAAUUUAUGAUUAAAUUUCAGAUCAGAUUUUGGGCAGAUCAAUUGCUGGUCUUGAGCCAAAUCCAGCCUGGAGGCAACUUUCUAGUGGCCUUGACCCAAACAGAGUACAUAUAUCUGAAAGAAGAAGAAAAAACACUGAACUGCACAUACAGUGACAUCAAAUAACUUCCUCAUUAUCUUUGUCGAGAAGUGCACAUGUUAAGUACUGGUAUGAAUAGGUGUUUAAAGAAGUCGUAGUGAUAAAAUUUGAGAUGCCAGUCAAAUCUGUCAUCUGGGACGUCCCCCUACGUCAGAAAUUCUGAGGAACUCCAUUCCCUCUGAGAAAUGUAAUCCAGCAGUAGAAGCUUUACUUCAAUAGUUUUUAUAGUAAAUACGCCCAGUUAGAUGCAAAUAAAUCAACUUAUGCUGGCAGGAAGUCAGGAAGUAAACAAAACCAAAUGAAAGUGUUUUCAUCAUACGACGCAAAUUCUGUUAGUUAUGUACUAAUGUGUUUGUUGAUUGUUUUGGUGCAUAAUAGGUCAAUAGUGAGACAACUCAGUGACGAGCUGAAAGGAGGCAUGUUGCCAUCUACCGUAUAAGAGGGACAAGGGCAGUUGUCCAGUUAAAUUUCCUAAUCAGGCUAUAAUAUAAUAUAAAAGCUGCAUAUCAAGAGAUCACAACAGAAAUGCUCCACACCUGCAGGGGGCGCUGGGAGGAACAGAUUUACCAUUUCAGCCUUAUACAGCACAUUAUAGUCUGAGCAACUUGUUUCCAUCCAGUAGCUCAGGAGGUAGAGCGGUCGUCCAAUAACCAGAAGGUUGGUGGUUGGAUUCCCCUCUAUCCCAAGUCCGUCUGUUGUGUCCUUGGGCAAGAGACUUAACCCGGUGUGUGUCCUCGUAUGAUUGUGAGUGUUGUGUGGUGGUGGUAUGAGGCGCAAAUUGGCAGCUAAUACUACAUAGGUACUUUACCACCACCAAGGCGUGACUGUGUGAGCGAAUGAAUGAGGGUAAAGCGCUUUAUGAAAUCUAAUGCAUUAUCAUUAUUUUUAUUAUUCACGAGAGUCCUCCUGUUGCUGUUCAGUUGUUCUUGUAGGCCACCGUACUUCUGCAAUACCAUGUGAGAAAAGUUGUAAAAACCCAAAGCUCACAAAGUAAGGGAUGAAAAAAACAGCAGUGUACUGUAAACAUGCGCUGUUAGCUUUGUUCUCCAAAAGCUGAACAUUAGAUGCACACACACACACACACACACACACACACACACACACACACACACACACACACACACACACACACACACACACAGAAAGUCUUGCAUGCAGCAGCAGCAGCAGCACAGCCAUCCUCCUCCCUCUCUCCCUCUUUACUCUCUCCUCUCUUCUCCUCCCUCCCUCCCUCUCCCUCCCUCUCUCCCUCUCUCUCCUUUUCCUCCUCCUCAGUCUUGCUCGGUCUCCGCUCUGUUAACAGCUCCAGCAUCUCUCUCCAUCCCUCCAGUUUUUUAUCUGUUUAUCUCUCGGGCGUUGUUGUCGUCUAUCACCAUGCGUCUCGGCAUCUCCUCCUUCAUUACGGAUAUCCUGAGCACCUCCAGUAACAUCUGUUUCUGCUGGACCGAGGGCAAGGUAGAGUCACACCUCCUUCUCCUCCCACUCCUCCUCCCUCUUCUCCUCCGCCCUGCUGCUGUGCUGCAGAGCAAGGCAGCAGCAGCAGGCAGGACAGCAGCAGCGGGGGCCUCUGAGUGCUACUGAGGACAAACUCUUACUUGAUUACAUGAUGUCCCAGCUGUGGAUACUCUGUGGAGUGUGUGCAUGCUGAGAGUUUGCGCUCUCUGUGUGUUAGGGGUUUGUGUGCAGGAAUAUAUCACCAAAGUUUGGCUUUCUCUCUGGCUGUCGAUUAACUAAUUUGUUGGUUGAAAAUUGCAGUGUGUAUGGAAUUUAGUAAAAGUUUGUGCAAGAAAUGAGCUGCACAGAGUUAAUGUUUGCCUCCCAGAGAUAACUGUUUUUGUGGUUUAGAGGCUUUUUCGUUCUGAGCUGAAAGGAGGAUCAGUUUCAUCGGUGUGUAUCCAGCACAGGGAUGUCUGGGAUAUGUUUAGCCUAGUUUAGUGUAUUGUGCAAAGACACACCUUUCAGUAAGGCUGUGAGAACAAGUACAUGAUUAGUUGGAGUGACUGUUUUUGUAGCAUCAUUUUUGUUUAAUCAUGAAAAAAAUGACAAAAAUAUCAUGAUUACAUCAAUAAUUUUAGUCUUGAGGAUCUCUGCACCACUGCAGUACAUCAGCACUUCAAAUUUUUUAAACAUUUUGAUGAAUUGUGCAUCUUCAGCCUCCAGCAUGUUUCAGUCUAAUUUUCUCUCCUUUAUGUUUCAUUACAUUGCAAGUUAAUCCCCAUUUCUAUCACCACAGAGGCAAGACCCAGUGUAAUAUGACAUUAUCUGGAUCUUACCUGACGCAGGUUCUGGUGGGUUGAAUGAUCAAAAAGUGAGACAUUUGAAUUUAUCAUCUAUUUUAUUCUGCCGGUACAUAUCCGCAAACAGCCCCCUACCCAUCCAAUCAUCGGAUGUCAAAACUACUCUUCUUCCACUGUACCUGAUUUAACCAGUGUCAUAUCUAUUGUCACCUACUGUACGUAUUCAUGUUUCCUCUCUUUUGUACCCCACUGGUCUUUGCUGAUGCUCUACCUGCCUUGGUGUUUCAUGUACGCCCAUGAAACAGAGGGUAGAUGUGCUGUCUCUGCUUAAAGCUGUUGUAUCCACAUACACAUGUGAAAAGGUGGAGAGCUCUCAGAAUAGAGCCAGACAGACAAUUUUGAUUUAGUGACUGAAAAUCCUCAUUCUUUUGAUUUAAAGGUCACAACUGAUGUGUUUCUGUCUGACAAUGUUGUAUCAUCACUAAUGGCUUCUGUGAAUUCUUGGUCCUGCUUCCAUGGCGGAUCCUUGUGAGAUGCAAGGUGAGACUUUAUGAGGAUAUUGUUAAAUCAAGGUGUGUUGUCUCAGGAGGGACUGUGAAAAGCACUCAUGCACCAAUCUUUAACAGUGACAAAAAAGCAAAAGAUAAAAUCCAGUAAGUUUCAACUUGUAUUCAUUCAGAGUGUUCUGCAUCUUGUGCUCUCCUCAUAGACUGUGAACCUGAGUACAAGCAAAGCCAUGAUUGGUUAAAGUAACUUAGAUUCUCAACAGGAACCAGGAAGGAAUCAUUGACCUUUGGCUGAUACUACAUGGCGUGUAAAGGAAAACUGAGAGUACACAAGUCCUGAGAUGCCUUUGUGUUUGUUUCCAUAUUUUGUGAUAUAAAAGCUGUUAGUUUACUCUUUAAAAAGAACUACUUAACAUUGUUUACACUGUAUAUCUAUUAUCAUUUUUGCCACCUUCUUUUUGAGUGGUUGUGGCUGCAGUUUUGGAACAGUGAUAUGUUUUAUGUUUAUCCCGAUUUCUUCUGGUUGGGUUUGCAUUAUUGUAAAUUUUAUAAACAGAUAUCUAAGUUCAUCAUAAAUGCAUAGAUGAACUGUGAACACUUGGCAACCAGAGAGCUGUGGUUUUGAUAUUAAUUAUUAGAGUUAAUUUGAUCCGUGCAGAGUGGCAUUAGCAAGGUUUGUGGGUCACCUGGACUUUCUGGGGCAGAAACGUUGCAUUUGACUGUGUCAGGUGAUUUUCUCAUUUAGCUUUAAAAAUUAAUGCCACUUGGAGUCCAGCCAGUCCUGUUCCUGUGGCUCAUUUAUGCACGACGGUUAAGACUGAGACGCAGGACAUUUGGUCGUAGAAUUCAUGUUUUACCCGUUUGAAGAGGAUGUUUGUUGGUGCAUGCUCCAUCAGCAGCACUGAGGAGAGUCACCACAGUCGCAGUGUGUGUGUGUGUGUGUGUGUGUAUGUGUGUGUGUGUGUGUGUGUGUGUAUGUGUGUGUUUUUAUAUUUGUGUGUGAUAUCAUAAUGACAGGAAGAUAAAGAGAUAUCUGUAUUGAUAUUGACAGACAGCCUCGGGGGGUGUGUGUGUGAAUCAGGGAUAGGCACACAUGAUUUUAACGCAAUGCAACAGUGACACUGCUGCUUGAAAUGUUGGCGCUCAGUGUGUGUGUGUGUGUGCUUGUGUGUGUGUGUGUGUGUGUUAGAUUGAUGGAUUUGUCCCGGGACUGUAGCAGUAUUAGAUUCAGUGCAGGGCGUUAGUGGGGUAGGGGUGGGGGAGAGCAGAGGCGGCUGCAGAUCUGUCGCUGAUAAACCAAUCAAACGUUACACACAGCCGGCUCUGUGUUCACUCACACACCGUCAAUCCUGCACUAUUUAUCUGGUAGUCAUUACUCUAACACACACUCCAAAACACACUGUAAAAAAACUGCACACAAGCAUUUGUUCACACACGGCUAAAGUGAGGCAAGGUCACCUGACAGCAAACAACUCCAUCUACCUUUCUAGAUCUGUUUCUGUAUAAACUACUUACAGCAUAAAGUGAGAAUUAGAAUUCACCAGACCGUGUUGAUCGAACUGGAAUAAUAAGAAUAUUGACAAAGACGUAACAACACAUGUUAUGUGAAUACUACUGCUUGUAAAAGAGGAGGGCGUGGCUUUCUUAUUCGAUGAAAAAACCACCAAAACAAGCAGUAGCCGCUACACGCUGCAAUUUCAGGGAGGCACAGCAACAGAUUUCCACCACCACUAUGCCUUUGUACUUAAAGAUAAUAAUACCUUAAAACCAUGUACUUUGGUGUCCCAGUGAGUGAUAACACAUCCCAUUACGCUGUAGCAGAAGUGUGAGAGGCACUGCUUGCAAACACAGAGGCAGCUACACAUACACACACACUCGAACACGCACGAUUACAGUGUUUAUCUACUCUGCCGGUGUCAACACUAGAUUUUCCCAUCUUAUUUCCUCCGUUCCUCCUCUGAUACCACCUUUGUAAAAGAAAACCAGAGGUAGGGUUUCAGCCACACUAAUGCCUCCACAGGAUUCUGUAAAGAUCCGGCCAUGAAAUUGCAAGUAUGUAAUGAAUAAUGAACAUGAUAUUCAUCAUUUAUCUGUCAUAAUGGCGACCCUCAGCGAGGAAAAGUGACAGCUUUCCAUCUACAGUUUCCAUGUUUGAAUUAUUUUUGGUUUGGAUCACUUCAAAGAAACCAGGAUUUUUUUUAUCAAACUCUUGUGGUCACAUGUCUUUACAGAUAAAUCUGGUGAUGGAUGUUGUGAUAGCUUUAGUCCUCAUGAGUCUGAGUUUUUGGGGAGUUCUGGGACUUCUAAUGGGGCCACUGGCUCUGCUGUUGCUAUAGAAAUAGAAGUGGAGGCUAAGUGUUUGGUACUUGCACCAUGCUACCUUGAGAUGUGAGCAGAGAGAUUGGUGGCAUUUAGGGGUGUCAUGAUUCUACAAAUCCUCGAUUCGAUUUUAAUUUCGAUUUAGUCACAAUUUGAUUCAAUUCGAUUCUGGAUUCUUUUUCGUACAGCACAGAGGCCAUUUUAAGACUAGCCUAGUCGACGAUCAUUGGUUUUAUCUAUUACGUUUUGUACAGUAAAUCUUAUUUCAAAAGAUGGGCUUCAUACAAGUGAUGCAAUUUCCAUUAUUCUUGUGUAGUGUAACACAUUAGGCACUGAAGGUCAAAUUUAAAUAAUCUAUUUCACAAUCUUGUUUUCAGUGAAGUGAAAACAACAAAAACAAACAUACUAACAACAAAAAUGAGAACUCACAGAGGCUCGCGUUGGCUACAAUGUGCAGUGUUGUCAUUUGCUUCUGCUUUGCACACCUCCCAGAUGUGGAGGGAGGGGAUCGUUGAUCCGCUCUUUGAUUUGGAUUAUCAAGACCAUGACGUAAUUUUGAUCGAUUUCAGUAAAAAAAUCUAAAUCAUGACACCCCUAGUGGUAUUACCAGUGUAUUUAAUUUUAUCUCUGCAUACUCUGCCAACAGUUACUGAGUUAUCAUAGCUCCUGUUUUAAAGUGUGUCCUCACUUUAGACCUUAAACCAGAUAGCUUGAUAACCUCUUGCUCUUUUUGCUCCCUUGUGCCAUUGUGACAUUGCUGGAGCAUAUUUUGAACAUGGCUUAACUUGAGAAUAACUCAGAUGAAUAGUUUACAUUUCGUUUCAGUACAAGUGCAGAAAUAGUCAUAUAAAUUACCUUUGUCGUGCUGGAUAUAUGACACAGUCUCACAGUAUUGAAACAACCAGGACAAGACAGGAAUACGGGAACGUUACAUGGCUGUUUGCCUCUUAUUUCAGGUGGUUCAUGUAAAUUAAGUUGAUGCAUAAAUAUAGUGAAUGAAUCUCACUUAUGAAACCUCAUGUUGGCUACAAAGUCAUGUCUGUGACCAAUUUGUUCCAACUCCGACCCAAAGGAAUGGAUCAUUUUUUGUUUUACUUAACAAAAAAAGGUACAGAUAUCUCUAUGACCUCUAAAAUGUAUUAUCAUUAUAGUGCUCUAAAAAAGGUUCAUUGUGAGUCUUUCCUGGUGGACAGGGUGCUGUGUUGCAGUAAAAAUGUGUCAAUGAAUCAUUUAAAUAUGGAAGAAUGAAAGUGUUUGAUGAACCUCUGCUUUUUUGUAACAUCAAGUCAAAAGAUCUUUGGUUCAGACUCUCUCUCUUUUUUUUGUUUCGCAGACAUUAAACUGAGACUAAAUGUUCUGAUUCUCAUGUAAGUCAUUCCUCCUACAUUUGGAUCUGCUCAUUGAAACUCUCAGCAUCACUUCCUGUUUGCAGCCUGUCUCACCUGCAUCAGUGGUGUGUGCAGGUAUUUCAACAGUGUGAACUGAACGCUCACACCUUCAGACUGCAGCUCAGAGACAGACAGACUGUUUCUCUGCAGCUCUCUGUGCAGGGACGCCUGCUUGUGAGAGUGCAGCGACACAUUAGACAGUGGCACACCCACACACGCAUAAAUAUAUUCACACAGAGUAGGCGGGUCCAUAUUUCUAAGUCUAAUCAGUGGCAUACUGUCGGGCGAUAGGUGAGCAUUUCUAAAGAUUGAUGUUCAUUCAUCGAUUGAUCUGUUGAGCUUUGAGGACAGAUGGCACCCUGAGGUGACCUGCGGACUACAGUAUCAGCUCCGUCUCCUUUUACACACUCCUGCAUGCAGCAAUAAUACUCACACACACUCACGCACACACACUCGCAUAACUCAUAUGAGUAGCAGAGUACUGUCAGAGAGCAAAAAUCAGCAGCAGGCAGUAUGUUGAACAGUCAGAUGGUGUUAGAGUAAGGUGUGUGUGUGUAUGCACAGUAAAUGUGUGUGUGCUCUCUCUGUGAUCAGAAACAACACAUUUACGGUGCUAUCACCCUGAGGUUCCUGAAGAAGUGUUGUGAAGUCUAAACUGGAUUCUGGAGGAAUGUUGGCUUUUAAACUGUGCGCCAAUAACAAACGAGGUGGCAACCAAUCCCGUUUUGAGCAGAGGAUGCAGCGUCCAUGACUUCCAAAAUGAAUGUCAAAUUUUGUCAGACCACAGGACUGUUUUACUUUUAAUUUUAAAGUGAAUUACGCUCACCUUUUUUGUGUGUGUGUGAAAGAUAUUGUUUAAAAACCUCCUCUCAGAUCUUUUGUUUUUUUCUUUUCACUCACCUGGCUUGACUGAUGGCAGCCAGAUCAAUAUCUUGGGUGGACUGAACCAUUUUACAUACUGCAGGGAUGAGAGGUCUCAGAGAGAGACUCCAUGUUUUCAGCAGGAUUAUCUAGUUAUAACAAACCAAAACUACAUUUUCAUUUCAGGCUCAUUUGAGGCCCCUAUGUUGAUUUGGGCCCUGGGUUUCAGUCCCACCUUUUCCUUUACUAAGACGCCCCUUGGUCCAAGCAGUGACGCCAGCUCAUGAAGCCAUAUAACACCUUUUUUAUAUCAAAUUUUAAAAUGCCUGUUUUGAUCAUUUCUGGACUUUUUUGCUUGAUAAAUAUCCUGAAAAACUGGAUGAGCAGAGCCACGUUGGAGCCUGUAAGAUAAUUUGGUCCUGGGACUAACCCUUCAUGCAUCUGUCUAUAAACCAGAUACAGUUAAUGCAGACAGAGAGGAGGUUGUGAGGAAAAGGGGAGCAGACGAGGAUGUCCACGCAGAGCUGUAGAGUGAGGAUCAUUCAGGGAGGGUGAGAGGGUGAAGAUUUACUUCAGCAGGUCGUGAUUCAGUCCUUUAAAAUCAAGGACACCUGGGCGGGGACGCUGCAUGUUGACAUCAGACUGACCUCAGGGUUUCCAGGAGGAGGAUAACUCUGUACUGAAACACAAACAUGAUGGUGUGUGAAAGGAGGAGGGACCAGUAGAUAUAAGAUUAUAAGUGGGGCAGUGAGAGCGGAAACAUGGAUUACAAACAGGAUAAUUAGGCUUGUGUUUUUUAAGACGUCAAAUCUCCAGGGAGUUUUUUGCAAAGAGAAUUCAGGAGGAUAAUGCUUGAUGGUAUGUUUCAUUUUGUGCAACUGCAUACCAUAAAAUUAGCUGAUAGAAAGGCCUGUUAAGAACUGGAAGGAUGACAAGACUUGAAAGAAGCUUUCAGGACCAGAGAUGUUGUUCUGUAAGAGAGGUGUAUCUCCUGUGGUCCCUUGGUUUGGAUUGUUUGUACCAAGCUGACCAAGUGACAACUGAAUAUGGACACAGUUGCUUGGCAACUACAACAUGGCCCCCAAAAUAUUCCCGUAUAAUUUAACCUCAGGGCCCCUUAAAAAUAGGGUUUUGGCACACCCAUUAUGUAAAAAUCCAACAGCUAACAUGAACAAAUAACACUGCGAGUUAAGCUGUCAUUAGAAAAGAUGAGAUGGCUCAAAAUAUUAAGUUAUUGUUACAUCUGCAUGACCGGAGAGGUUUGUAACACAAAUGAUCACAAUAUAUGUGAGCUGAGGUCACCUGAAGGAGGUGGUCUCUCACAUCCAAUGAGAAUUUAAUUCUCACAAUCAACCCAGCAACCAGGUAGAACCAUGAGAUAUCUUUACCCAUGAGAUAUCAGUCACAGGUGAGGUUAAGGUCAGCAAAGGCUAACUGUGCUUACUGUCUCCAUUCAUUUGAAAUCAGCAGAAGUGCUGGUGUUAUGCUUAAAUGUCAUAGAACUUAACAUCUACUGGAGACAAGAAUGGGAUCUGACCUCUCCUUGUUGGGAUCAUAUUUGGCAUAACCCUCUGCCUAACUCUACAAUGUCCCUAUUUAUGACUGUGUUUCAGGUCUCACUUCAUUAGUUCUUCCAUAAACUGAAAACGUUGGUCAUUUCACAGCCUCCCCAGUGAUAAAAUAAGAUAAGUUAAAAUGAGACACUACUUUAUUAAUCCCACAAGAGGAAAUUCCUAGUAGUAAUAAGCAGCUGCAAAAAGAAUUGAGGGAAAAUCCUGACAGCACAACCAUGAGGAAAUCAUGGUUGUGCCAAUUUUCGGUGCCCCCUGUGGACAACAUGAUACCUGCUUCCUUAGCCUGCUGUCAAUCAUGCGAUCUGUUUCACGCCCCUUUUUUUAGCUAUUUCAGCUCUUUAAAGUCGUAUCAGAGAAAUUAUAACGCAUGUUGCUGAUUUUCUUGUUUGCAUUUAAAGAUCAUAAAGAGGCUUCACUGUCAGUUUUGGUCUGUCUUUACUUUGGUCAGUCCAUUACUUAAUAUCAGAGCAAAGCUUCAGCCACCUCCUCCUUAAUAUUUAUGUUUAAUAUCACAAACUGAAAUAGAGGCAUUUGCAACGUUAUUAUCUUACAGAUGGGGACUUUAGAGGUGCUUUAGAGACUUAAGGUCUAUUUUAAUGUUUGUCAACCAACAGCACAAUGUUUAACUUAAUGAAGUGAGGUUGCAUGAGGUCAGAAUUGCUCAUUUUUGGUUGUAUUUUCUCACUUUUUAGAUUCUUACUUAUUAAAGGACUAAUGAACCCAACACUACAGCAAGUUGCUUAUGCAAGUUGAUGCAAAAUGUGACAUCACCGCCCAGCAAAUGCAGCCGCUGUUUUUCCCCCUCAGAUUGUAUUACGACUUUUUUUUUUAAACUUUGACUUUAUUCUCAACAUUUCCACUUACUUCUCAAAGUGCAUUGUCAGACGAUAAUCUUCCUCCUCUCUUUUUCCAUAUUACCUAAAAUUCUUCAAUAGUGUUGUCUUAUAGUCGACCUGCACAUAAACAAGCACACUGCGAGCGAGGACGCUGCAGAUUCACUCAGACCACCUACCCCCUCCACAAUCCCACACUCACAUACACAACCUUUGCACACACUUGAGCCAGGCUUCCUCUUUAAGGAUUCAGAUCUGUUCCAGUUUUGUCUGCAGUUUGGAUUAGAAGCAGCUCUGUGUAUUGACCUGAGUGACUCCCUGCAUUUCAUUAUAAAAAGCACAAGAGGCCAGAAUCCUGCAGACUCAUCUCACACUAUGGUAUGAAUCCACACCCAAAAAACACACGCAUACACAGACACAUACACAAUGAAAUUAUCAUUAACACGAGUGUGCUCACCUGCAUACUAACACAUGACAAUUAACACCAUGCACACUUUGCAUGCACCUUAAAAAAACACGUACAAGCAUAUUUUCUGCUUUCCUGACACUUUUUCUAACACACACACACACAAACACACACACACACACACACACACACACACACACAAAGGUGAAAAUAAAACACAGCUCUGACCCUGGGUGCAGAGGGGGUCACCUCCUCUUUGUCCUCCAUCCUCCAUCCUCUUUCUCUCUACCUCCUGAGGUCUGCGUUAACAGCACGCAGACAUAAAACACACUUUGCCGUAGAUGUUCAUUAAGCUCACAGGGGAUCAAAACGACAAUAAUUGUGAUUUAUACAGACUCACAUUACAAAUGGCUGUGAUUUAUUGUUAGAAUAACUGUGGAGGGCUUUUCAUCUCUAGCAAAGAUCCACAGCUCAGUUUGCUCCCACAGAAAUACACUGAGUUAUUGGUCAAGAGCUGCACACUCAUAUACACAUCGCUCAGCCUCACAUAACAUGAACUGUGUGUUACUGCAUGACCACCAGUCUGCAAUAUAAGGUGACACAACAGAGGUUUUAGGGCAGUAGAGGUGAUUGAUGACAGUGUUGCAGUGUGUGGUGAGGCUACCGCAAAUGGUGAGCAUAGUGUUAGUUCAGGUGAGCUCAGCCCACAGUACAACAGCUGAUCUUUAUUCGAGACCAUACCAGCUGAGAGCUCAGCAGAUUACCUUCUUUGCAUCCAAUCAGUUGAAAUGUUGGAAUAAGCUUUCUAUUUCAACUGCUUUAGCCUGAAUACUCCUCCUGAUUUCUCUGGGGGGUCUUUGCUGCUGCUCUUCCAGCCUUGGCUUUUCAAGUAUGAACAUGAAGCUGCAGGAAGGUGGUUCUAACUUCGGUCCAUUUUUAACCAUAUAACCAUCAAGGUCGGUUUAUGUAAUUGUGCGUACAAUUUGAAAGGCAAUUUUUUUUUUUUUCAUCCAGGCACUAAGAUUCCCCUGAGGUUAUGAGGUUCCUUUACAAAUGGUCAAACCAAGCUCCAUUCAGGAAGCAAACAUUUUCAAGCUUUUCCUUGUCAUCUUGUAAUCAGACCUGAAUAUUUUUGAAUCCAGACUUUUUACAAAUCGCCAUCACAGUGCAGGUAUUUCAGCAUCUUUUUUAAAUCUGUUUGAAGACAGUUCGGAAAGAAGAUUGAUGAAUUUAAAUUUGCAAAAAUGUUAGAUUUAGGGUGCACUAUGCAAGUGUGUAAAGUGUAUUUUACUUUUUGGCCAACACAUCAUUUUAAAACAUGAACUUUUCUAAGUGCUUUUAUGGUACCAAUGUUAAGCUCACAGGGAAAUUAUUUGUUUUGCACAUGCCUCCAAUUUUGCUUUUCUCUGUUUUCCAUAACUAAAUGUAACUUAAAAUUAGUUGAAACCAACCCACUGUUAAUCAGACCCUAUUUUAGACCCACUUAUUAUGGAUGUCACCAUUUGUUAGCAUGCUAACAGUAACGUAGUUAACAGUUCAAGUAAGUGGACUUUACUCUCUCAACAUUUCUUGAGGUUUUUCUGGACUCAAGAAACUUUUGCUGUUUGAAUUGGCGAACAUGGACGCAGGCGGACACUGGAGGCAGCUACUCAAAAGUGACAAAAAAAAAAAUGAUAAUAAAAGACAAGAAAAGUUUUCAUCAAUGAGGAAGUCUAAGUACUCCACUUCAUCUUUCCAGUCCUUGUGCAGUCAGUACUUGAGUCCCAGACUAAACUAGGGUCAUCAUGGGUCUUCAUCCUGGACUUCAGUGCUUUUAGUUACGAGGAUUCACUGUUGUCUAAGUCCCAUUAAGUGCUGAGCUUGCAUGUUGAAAAUGAUCGUAAAAUUAGGGCUGUGAUUGUUCAGUUAAAAAAAACAAAAACUUAAAAUCUCAUCUUUUUCUAUUCUUUAUAAGGUCCUUCCGCUCUUCUUAAUCCCUCUUCCCAUUUUCCAGAUCUGAAUGACGCCCUCUUGUUUUUUAUCUACAUCUUUUUGUCCUUUUCUCCUCCUCUUCUCAGCUCCUUGUCCUGUGUGUUUGUCUGUGCGUGCGUGUGUGAGAACAGCUCCUGCAGCAGUGUUAAUUAGCAGAGGCCAGAUGGAUGAGGUGAUGGCGUGUUAUAGUACCCUCUGCAACACUGCCACUCCCACUGUUAUCAAGCACGUGCUGGCUGAAACACACACUCACACACGCUCUACACACACACACGCUUACAUAACCCAGUGCAGAUGUGGCCUUAUUUACUGUUAAAUCUAUUUGUGUUUGAAGUGAAAUGUUGUCUGCAGAUAAAGCUGCACAGCUGUUGGGUCUUUUUUAAUCUCCAACUAUAAAACAGACUUUUUUUUUUUUUUCCUAAUUUCUUUUACUCUGUUUUCUAUUUCUGGUCUUUUCAUAAGAUUUAUUUUAGGUAGCAGCUCAAAGGGUGACACAGUUGUAGCGAUUUUCACACCUUUCCAAAAAUAAUUUAAGCAUCAGCCAAUCAGGGAGCAGAAUUAGAGUAAGGGGUGGAGGUAAAGUCAGGCUUCAAUAUUCAUGACACUCCUCUCUCUCUCUUUCUCUUUCUCUCUUUCUUUCUCUCUCCCAAUGUUAGACGCACUGCAGUAGUCUCUCUCUCUUCUCCCUUUCUUCCUCUUCUCUUCUCCGUUCAGCUUCCUCAGCAGGUCUUCACUAUCCCAUAAGCAUAAUCUCACACACAAACACACACACUCACACACACACACAUGUACUGACACAGUGACCUUGACUGACAGCAGGCUGGAGGCAGAAGUUGCUCUUUGACUCUUAAUCACAGAUUCAGGAUGAGAAGAAGGAGGAGGAGGAGCAGUGUUUACCCUGAGCAGGAGAAUUACAAGGUCAGAUCUGAGCCAUGAAGAGAAGUGUCAAGUUACAGCGAGUGAAACUGAACCUCUGCAGCUGGUGUCACCUGUGAAGUGAUAACCAGCUCCUGUUUUACUGUGGAAAGCACAAAGAAGCUAAUUUUAGCCAUGAGUGACACAGUUCUGUGUGUUUCCAUAGAUUUAGUGGCUUUGAGAUAAACACAACAAGGGUGCUGUUGUACCAUUGUUGUGUUGUGAAUGUGUGUGAUUUAACAAGUUAUCUCACAGGAUUAAGUCAAAACUUUACAAAAUUCAGAUUAUGACUUUAUUUGUCUUGUGUUUUAGCAGAAUGAAUUAAACUGGAGUCAUAUGAGAAAAGGUCACAAAUUUACACAAAGGAGGUUAAACAAGAUUUUUUUUUAAAAAGUUGGAAAUUUACAAAAUUAAAGAUGAAAAUUUUACAAGAGUAAAGUCUAUAUGAAUAGUCUGUCAUGAUCUACAUGUACAGGCUAAAAUAACAGCUCGCAUGAUAUAAGGGGAGCAGCCAGCUGACGGCGUUUUAAUGAUGGAUGUGGAUCAUCUUGUGAUGUUAAUCUCAACAGCUGUGGACCAACAGCGGUUACAGAGGUGAGCACGAGCUGCCUGGUAGCCUGACCUCCUUCAGAAGAUACUCAGUGUAGUACACAGUCUAUUCAGAAUCCUGAUACUACUGUCAGACAUGUACUCACUCACAGCAAUGUUUGGGACUGUCAGCUCUGUUAUCCAUUCAUUUGUCUUUAAACCAGAACAUGAACUGCAACUAAAAUCAGACAGAACCGUUUUUUUUUUAAUUCGUAUAUCCUCCUCAUUUCUAUUAUUUAUAAUUUGCUGUAUUUGCAUGUUUUGAAAUGGCAGCAUCUGUUGUCGCUGCACGCCCAGCACUCUUAGUUAAAGAUUGUGAAACCUUAUUCCACCAUCAUGUAUUUAAAUGUCUCUUCUAUCUUCCAAAUGAAAAAAGGGGCGAGACUUACAUCAACUUUGCCAACAACAAUGGCGAGGGUCCGCAGAGGUCCAAUUUGGAGAUAGAGUGGCUUCUUAUGCUUUGACCCCAUUUCUGAGCUUGUUUCUCACUUUGUAAAAUGAAGGAAAAAAUGAAGCAUAGACUGUCACUACAAAAGGGAAGACGAAUGCUGCAAGAUCAGUUUUGGAACUAGCAAAAUGGAGUGCCAGCGUGAAGCACUCUGAAUGUACUGUAGCUUAUGUACUCAUGAUAUCCUUGUUUCUUUUUGUGCUGUGUGCUCCUGAAUUCAUCAUUUGUAUUUUACGUUUCCUGAUACUAUAUUGAUGUCUUCUUGUUUGAGGUGGGUGUGGACUGACAUUUCUGCUCGAAUGCUCCUUCAUGAUCUGACAUUUUCUUCAUGGUCUGGAUGUGCUUUGUGGUGCUGCUAUUUGAACUUUAAACCACUGAAGUAAUGCAGGACUUAUUCAUUUGUUUUGUCUGGGCCCUCUUUCGAAAGAUUAUCUGAAGUUUUCUCUUCAUGCAACCUUAUUUUAUCAUAUUUGUAAGAGUGGUAUAUGUGUUUUGAUGUAUGAGGAGAACAAAAAUCAAUCAAUCUUGCAGAUGUAGCUCAGACCGUUUGUGUUUUUUGGUAUGUUCUUGUGAAGGAACUAAAGUUGUCUUUUGUGGUCUCUACUGCAGUUUGAAAGACAUUUUCUGCAGAAUCUGGCUGAGCCUAAAUGUCAGAGACCUCAUGAAUGGAUAUGAGGUUUGGGGUUCAAACCGAGAUCUGCUGACGGCUGCAGGACGCUGCAGAGUGGAGGGUGUGUCCUCUGCAACACAUUUUGAUUUACACAAACAAAAGUCCUAAAACAACACAGUCUGCUGGUUUUAAUAGAAGAUAUGAAUUUAUGUCAAACUGAUACUUUAAUGUGUCCGUAUCUGUUCAUUUACAUGGAGCUUUACUGCCUGUCGCCGCUGCAGUGAGCGAGCUCCCUGUCCCUGUUGGUGGAUUCCCGAGGUAUCUGCAUGCCCUCUAGUGUGUGUGUGUGUGUGUGUGUCUGUGUGUGUGUGCAGUGCAAAAGCCGAGCUCAGCCUAAAGGUGACAUUGGGAGGAUUUCAUAGAGGUGGUAAUCCCACAAAAGAGAUGUUGUGUGUGACCUUUUAUCAUCUAAAUCACACGAGGGGAGGUCCGUUUUAUUUUUGAGCUGGUGUGAAAACGUUGGGGAGGCUCGGAUAAAUAUGGAGUUGAGUAUCCAAACAUAAUAUUAAGACUUAACGGGGGAAGAGGAAAGGCAUGUAUGAAGCCUCAUGCACCUCCUUAACUAUACAUCAAACGUUUAGAAUCACAAGCCAGGAGAUUUUUUCUGUUUCUACUUUGCAUGACUGUAGUACGAUUAACUGCCACUAAACAUAAACUUAAAAUAACCCUGCCAGAAUUGAUGGCAGUGAAACGCAUCAAUCACAUCACCAGUUCAAUGCAUAGAAAUAUGAAUAUUCAGUAAUAUCUAGCAUGCAGAUUCUAGUUGAAAUGCUGUCUUGCUAACCCUCCUCUGAGUGAAGCUGGACUUUGAGGACAAAAAGUUACACACAAAAAAAAUGCUGGGUUGUUUUUUCAACCCAACAACUAGGUUGAGCCUGUUGGUCAAUUUAUUUGGGUUGUUUUCAUGGAGUUGGGUAUUCUGAGUACCCAAUUCACAAGGUUAUUUAUGUUGGGAACAGAGUUAUUAGCUGUUGGGUUGUAAUUUCUAUACAGUUUUGUUGGUUUGUUGUGGACUACCCAACACAAUGGGUAGACGUUCGGGCAUUUGAUCCCAAGCACCACCCACUCACCAGGUUGAUGCCACAACACUUAACCCACCUUGCUCCCAGAGUGUGUCCUCCAUUGGUGUAUGAUUGUGAGUGUUGUGUGGUGGUGGUCGGAGAGGCCGUAGAAGGUAGUUUACCACCACCGAGGUGUGACUGUGUGACCAAAUAAAUGAUGUCUCCAAUGUAAAGCACUUUGAGGGUCUCUGAUAAAUAUAAAAUAAUUUAAUAUUAUCUUAAAUAUUAACGACCCAAAUGCUGGGUUUAAAGAACCCAAUUGUAAGUGAACUGACCCAAUUAGUUGGGUAAAAUUAACCCAGCAUGUGUUCUGUCCAAUAUUCAACCAGCACUGGGUUGGGAAACUACCAAAAUUGGGUUGUUUUUAACCCAAUAUUUUUAAGAGUGUACUGUGAUACAUGAUAGGUAUGAUUCUCUAUUAGUCAAGAUUAUUCCUCUGCAGCCCUUGGUUCUUGUGUGUUUUACUUCCUAUUGACGACUUCUUUUUUACGUGCAUUUCAUCGCACUCUCUAUCUUCAUAAACUAAUCCUUACUCACCAGUUUAACCACAUUACAUUGUCACUCUGCUCCUCUCAUCACUGUGGUUUCAACACAAAUUCUACUUUCACCCGGUGUUUUCAUUACACUGUCCUGUUUUUUUUAGGAUACUGUGUCUCUUUUGUUAGUCCUGGUUAUCCUCAGCCUUUACUUCUGCUCCACUUGGCUGUCUGAGCAAAUACACUAACAAGUUCCAUGACUACGUUUCUGUAGGCGCUUGAACUCUUUUGGUUUUUCUUUAGGACACAUUGUCCCCUUUUCAAAUCUUUUCUAUUCCUCGGUUUCGCCAUUGAUACCACUUAUUUCACUCUUCUUCUGUCACUGUCUUUCAUAUCUGAGCCCCAGUAGCAAAGGUUGUAAUGAGAGACGAUGAGGACGGAGAUGUUUGGUGUGAUACAAACUGACACAACUGAGAUCAAACGAAGACUUGCUUCUCUCUGUGUGUGUGUGUGUGUGUGUGUGUGUGUGUGUGUGUGUGUUCCUGAGAUGCAGGAACUACAGGGUAAAGAGUGACUGUGCAUUUAUUUGUGCCCAGGGCUGUAGUGUGGGGUGUUUGUGUGUGUAUUUAACAUUCAUAUCCAGUCUCAGUUAUUAAUGUGGUUUUAGAGGCUGAUCAAAACUGGGCCGUUAUUUCCAGAACUUGUCAAACUUCUGAUGAGAAGGUUGUGCUCUCAUUGGUCGAACAAAUGCUAGAGGGCAGAGCGAAAAAUCGAACAUGGUAGACUUUUGUUGUGUUCACACCAGACGCAAGUCAAAUAGUUGUUUUGUGUUUAUUCAAUUUGUGCAAAUAACUCCAUUCACAUACCAGAUCAUUUCACCCAAACACAUGACUUAAGGGGAUAUUUGGGCGUAAAAUUAACUUAGGGUCAAAAACAUUGUAACACAGAGUUAGACACCCCCUCGAGAGAUGAAUGUUGCUGACCGCUUGCUUCUCUAGUUAUACCAACUUUAGAUACGACAGCAGGAUAGCAAUACACAGCGGUCUGAGGAGCCAUAAACAAACCUCAACCAAAACGUGAAUCUAUAGCCACAAAUAAUGCUCAGAACAGCACCUAACUUCAUCAACAGUACAUAUAGGGUCCCCGCCAUAGCACUAGCCACCAAACAUCUUUUUAACUUUGCCUAAUGUCUAUAGAUAAGAGACUACACACAACUCACCCACUCUCUUCCAGCAGCCACUUGUUUAUAGGGAGAGCUCAGAUGAGUCCAUCACUGAGUGUAGCAGGAUUACGCAGCUCAAGGAAGAACAUUUAUGAUCAUUUUAUCAUUUUCUUAUUCGUUACUAUAGUUGGUAUAACUGGAGAAGCAAGCAUACAGCAACAUUCAUCUCUCGAGGGGGUAUCUAACUCGAUGUUACAGUGUUUCUGACCCUAACUUAAUUUUACGCCGGAAUAUCCCUUUAACGUCAGUGGGGAGGGUUUUCUUUCAUGCUUACCAGAUAACACGACCUCCGUACUCACUCUCCAGCCCCCUGUUACUCCAGUGAGGAUAGAUCGGUAUAGCUCAAAGCAGCUGCACACCGGCAAGAUCAGUUUGUCCUCCAUUUUCCAGAUGAUUGAAACUCCACUGAUAUGUUGUUGACGUGCGUCAACAGGGUAUUUCUAUGGGUAUUGUGGCAGGAAUGGGUGUUGCUUGAGUUCAGAUCUUCACAACUACCAUGUUCAAGCAAAUGAAGCGAGUAGAGCAUUGAAGCACUCCCAUCUAAUUGUGUCUCAGUAUUGAUUUUACAUCUACAUCAUGAAUGACUCGAUAAGGUUUGCCAAGUGUUGUGAGAAGUAAUUGCAUGUUUAUGAGGAAACUUAGUUUUACUCGAUCAUUACUCUCCAAUAUAUCACAUUUAAUAGUUUUAAUUCUCCACUCCAUUUACAGUUUAAAGAACGCUGUGAUUGCCGCUCACUCAAGAAGGCGCUCAAUAGAUGAGAAUACAAAAUCUGUCUAUGGCAUUUGACAUGACAGACUGACUACACACUAUCUCCAACCACUGGCCUGGCAUGUAUUGUUACUAGUUGUUUCACUGUUAUAGUGUGGAAAGAGAAAUAUUCAAAAACAUCCCUGGAGUGGGCAGUUUUUUUGUCAAAGAGAAAAAAAAAAUCUGUUGUUAUACAUAUCAGUGUGGACGUAGCCGUAAACUAUCACAUUACAACUCUCCACGCCUGAAGACAAACUACUUUAACGCCACGAAAUCUUACUUUGCAAAUUAACUCCUCAAAAAGCUCUGUAUUGUACAUAAACUGUAAGUGUGGAGGAGUCUGACUGGGCUGCUCUUUAGGGUCAACUUACAGGUCAGCACUUAAAACAAAAGUCUUAUUUGUGUCUUUAAAGAAUCACAUAAGACGUCCGCUCUCGUAUCUCAGUUCAGCAGAUACAGAAGGUUAAUCUGAAGAAAAGAAAAUGAGUAAGGGAUUUGCUCUCUAACAAAGAGCAAUGGAAAUAUCUUAUCUGAGUUCUGUCCCCCAAUAUAAAUAUUUUUAUAAAGUUAGUAAUAUAAAUGAGCAAGGUCAAAGUUCAGGAAAACAUUUUUACAUUUAGAUUACAUUGAAAUUAACCUCUGUGUGACCCAGCGGACUGUAUUCUUCUGUCUCUGUUCUGUCUAGGGGCAGAUAAGGCCAAAAUAAUGUAAAAUAGAGCAUAAAAUAUGAACUGAGAAGGUUUUUUUGGUCAAAGGUCAUGUGCAUCACAUUUUAUUAACAGUCUAUUUUAAGAUAGUCUUUUUACAUUUUUUUCAUUAUAUUUGCUUUAUUUUAUUUUUAAUCGGCAACAAUGUCAUUCUGAAACAUUAUUAUUAUCUUUUAAUCUAUCUUCAGCCGAUGUUAAAUAUUUGAUUGUGAUUGGAUUGUGAAUGACUUAAUGUGUCCUGUCCCUUUACGCUUGUGUUUAUGUGUGUGUUUGUGUGUGUUUAAUGUGUGUGAGUGUGUACCCAGCCCUCUGUGCUGACCGGUUGUUUCCUCAUAGGGAGCGCUUCAGCUCAGUCAGCUCAGAGGUGUCUGUGCAGAGACAUUUGGAGGGCUUAAACACACUGCACUCCCGGCAGCCUCACACUAUGUGUGUGUGCGCAACUCCAUGUCGUCACCAGGUAUUACACACACACAAAUACAUACACACAUACACACCUGCUCCAGAUGACUCAGAUGUUCUUUCCACAGCUGUUUGCCAGUCUGAGGAAGUCAAAAGUUCAGCAAAAUCAGCCGGCGUGCAUCAUUGA